AUGAAUGGCUUUCGCGGAUACGCUGGUAGAUUCCAGAGCGAUGACGUUGCAUAUGUCGAGAGAGACCUCCAAGUCCAUACGACGGUAACAAUGCAACAUGGGGUCUGGCUCUCGUAUCUCUCAUGCACGAUUGAAUAUGACUACUUCCAUACAAUAUGUGUACGAACCAACUACCAAGCGUAUGUAAUCGACACUGGCAUCAACAUCAACCAUACUGACUUUGGUGGUCGCGCUAAAUGGGGAGUUACCAUCCCAGUUGGUACACCCAACACAGACGACAACAGACACGAAACUCAUGUUGCUGGUACAAUUACGGGAUCCAAGUACGGUGUUUCCAAGAGUGCUAAAGUCGUUGCUGUUAAGCGAUAUAAUCAAUGGUCUGUGAGAGAGGCCAGUCGAGCAGGAAAAGUAUACAAGGGUUCAGUCAUCAAUACAAGUUUACUGUUACUAAUUUGGGCCGUAAUCAUAGCUGCAGGUAAUAGCAUGACCGAUGCUUGCAACGGAUUACCUUCACGAGCAGCAAAAGCGAUUGCUGUUGGCGCUACAACCAUCGAGGAUACGUGCUCUUGGUUCUCCAACUUUGGCUGUUGCGUCACUAUCUGGGCUCCAAUCACUUUUGGUAUUCAUGUUCCUUCGCAUGGAGUUCCUGGUGGAUUCCAUUCCUUCAUCAUAAAUCUUGCUGAUUUUGCAGCAUUCUCUUUUCGACAUUUCUUUUGA